ACGGACCAACUGGAGCUGGGAAACCCACCCAAAGGCAAUUAAGGGUAAAGGACGACAAAAAUAUUUGAUAAACUUUUUUCCCUCCUCCCAGUCUCUUGAAGAACUAGAAGAAGAAGCUACAGGGAUGACGAUGGAGCUAGAAUGAAAGAGCCGACGGUAUUUUGGAAAUAUGAUUCGGAGAAGACUGUAAAUUAUCCGGAGCGAAAAUUUGAUUUGGAUAUCAAGACAUCAAGUCUGGAAAAACUUGCAAACAAGGAGGCAAGAAGCAGAAUUUUUCGCGUAGAAAGUUUCUGAAGCAAAACUUUCCUACAUAUCCCAGAUGAGGAAUAUUAGCACAAUGACACGCACUUAGGAGAAGAGUUUGGGGAAUAAAGUUCCUUUGAAUUCUUUUUAAAGGCGCACCAAGGGACGUUAAAAUCGCCUGACGCAGGGAGACAAGAUUGUAUCAGUAUAUCUGUAUCCUGUCCUUGCUGCCGGAGGGCGAUGGGGGCCGCGCCGGGCUCGGGCUGGGAGGAGGGAGAGUUCGAGUUCAAGUUGGUUUUUGAGGAGGAUCCGCCGUCGCGGCAGAGCCAGGGUCCAUCCCCGGUGCGCUCUACCGAGCCGGAGAGCUCCGCUGCCGGGGAGGAAAGUGAAGGCGCCCUGCUGCAACUCGACUCCUCCAGCAGCAGCAGCCUGGUUCCAGACAAAAACCUGGCUGCCUCUCACGCAGGUCACUCAAUCGACAUCCCCAGCCCGACACCUGCGUCCAGUCAGCGGGCAGGGAUGCAUUCCCCACCUCCACGAAGGGAUCACUUCAAUAAGUUCAGCGGGACCUAUGAGAGCCUGCCGGCACGCUCUGUACAGGUUUCUGAAUCUCGUGUGGUCGAGUGCCCCAGCAUCCAGAUAACCACCAUCUCGCCUGAUGAUGACACAACACCCACCAUUUCCAGUUACUGGGACAUGGGCAACAGCGGCGGUUGGGACAGAGAGCGCCUUUACCUGCCUCUACUGGAUCCUUUUACUUAUCGUGACAGAUGCCCCAGCUCCCUCAGCCCCAGCCCCGCCUCUAGCCCCUCCUCUCGAGGCUGGCUCAGUCCCGCUUCCAGCUGCGACUCUCUGCUGGUGGAGGAGGAGGAGCUGAACGAAGGCAGCAUCAAUUUUGGGCACUCAUCAUCCUCAAGGCCCACCUCACCUAGUGGGAAGAAGCGUAGAAACUCCCCGCUGGUGUCUCCCUGUACUUCGCGCAGAGGGAGUUACUCAGAGGAACUGCAGGGGUGCAACCUGGAGGGUGGAGAGUCCACCCCUCACUCUCAAGCUCCGCCCAGCAGCUGUGAGCUCAGCAUUCCUCAGAAAACCAGGAAAACAUCAUUGGAGCAGUUAUCUCCCAGGGAGGUGGACCAGGAGCAGGCUCUGGGCCACAGCUCUCCCUGCCCACUGCCAGAGACCCAGCAGACCAGGAGAGAGCCCCCAUCUGUGGGCAUGGACUACCUCUCUGUUCCCCCUCCUCUGGCCUGGGGCAGAACCCGAGCCAGCGCCCACAGCCCUCUAUUCAGGUCUAACGCCCUGCCGCCACUUGAUUGGCCUCUGCCAUCCCAGUUUGACCAGUAUGAGCUGCGUAUUGAGGUCCAGCCUCGGCCACACCACAGAGCCCACUACGAGACGGAGGGCAGCAGAGGAGCCGUCAAAGCUGCACCGACUGGACAUCCUGUUGUCAAGCUGUGUGGUUACACAGAGAGGAAGCCGCUCUCUCUUCAGGUUUUCGUUGGAACAGCUGAUGACCGAUCAAUCAGACCACAUCCUUUCUAUCAGAUACACAGAGUGACUGGAAAGAUGGUGGGCACUGCCAGUCACGAGAGUGUCCAGGUGGGGACCAAACUACUGGACAUCCCCCUCAGCCCCGAGAACAACAUGACUGCUCUCAUCGACUGUGCCGGGAUUUUGAAACUGAGGAACUCAGACAUUGAGCUGAGGAAAGGAGAAACAGAUGUUGGAAGGAAAAACACACGUGUUCGUUUGGUGUUUCGUACCCACCUCCCUAUAGUGCCCCCUUCAGGACCCCCUGGACGAGUGUUGGCUCUGCAGGUUGCCUCUCUGCCCAUCGAAUGCUCCCAGCGUUCGGCCCAGGAGCUGCCUGUCAUCGAGUCGGUCAGCCUCACUUCCUGCUCUGUGGAAGGAGGGGAAGAGCUGCUGCUGAGCGGCACAAACUUCCUGCCAGUCUCUAGAGUCCUUUUCAUGGAGAGAGGCACAGAUGGCAAAUUACAGUGGGAGGAGGAGGCUCAUGUUGACCGUGACAACAGCAAUGAGUGUCUGUUAUGUGUGAGGGUCCCAGCCUACAGUGACCUAUCUGUCAGUCGGCCUGUGUCGGUCAAUCUUUAUGUUUCUAAUGGGAAGAGGAAACGGAGCAGCACUCACUGCUUUAAGUAUUUACCCAUUAUGUUCAAAGAAGAUGAUCCCCUGCUCUCUCGAUCCCCUAUGCUGCCUCUGGAUGGCGGAAACAUGUGUCCUGCAGGGGGUCCACCCAGGAUAGACAGAGGCUUCCAUGUGAGAGGGGACCAGAUGUCUGAUGAGCAAAAUCUGAGCUUCCACCUACCCCCCUACCCCUCCACCUAUUCCUCUCCGUGCCCACCCAUAAACUACAAUGAGGAGUACUGCUCUAAACCUGAUGCCACGGUGGAAGAGCCCGGCGGGACCAGGCCAGCACUAUCCGAGCGUCACCCCAGUUUUGAGAACCUAGAGCUGGGCUUCACCGAGCUCCUUCCCCCUCUGUACCCACGUGGUCCGCAGCCUCCCUCACCUUCACCUUCCCCAUGGCUGGACUCACCCUACUUGUCCUCUUCACCCUCUCCUUCCCACUCAUCCUCUCUCAGCCCUUUCCCAGCUGGAAGUCCUAUCUCAACCUCCCCUCUGCCUCCCAUCCCCAACUCCUCUUACCCACAGUACUCUGCUUAUGCUCAGGAGGUCUGUCCCUCCCCUCCUACCAACCCAAACCCCUAUCAGGAUAUCUGCCCAGCAUCCUACUCCCACUAUGAGGGCUGGGACCCCCAGGGAAGAGUGCUGGAUACAGGAAAUGGGGGGGAGAGGGAUCCCAAGAUCCAGGAGUGUCCAUUGGAGUUUACCAGCUCUGCCUCUAUGCACCACAUUACCUUUGAAGAAGUAUCAGAGUUCAUCGGGGAGGACAUCCAGUCUUACCAGCCAAGCUCACAGAUGGACAACCAGCCAAACUGAGCUGAGAAGGUCCCCCGUUUGAUAUUCAGCCUCAUUUUAAAUUCCUUAUGCACUUGGUAUCAAGAUGUGUCGCUGCAGUUACAUGUAAUAUUGAAAGGGGAUUACCAGGACACUGUAAUUAUGACCACAGGUAACUGUUUUAUAAAGGGAAACUAAUAUUUGUAACAUGUUUUCAAAAUAAAUUAUAUAAGAAACUGCUUGAGUUUGAAAUGUCUGCAAAACAUAGACCAUAAUCUUUUUUCAGGGGCUGUUUUCAUUGAUGUUUUUCUUUUGGUCCUGAACUGGGCUUAAUCCACAACUGGGGAUACCAGCUGCUACUGUUUCUCAGUAUAUAUCGGCUGGUGCAGGGCUGAUAUUUGACCUCUUGAAAGGAUGAUAAGGCAGGGACUUUUAAAACAGUUUGAAAGGUUUGUAAGAGAUAUAGUUUGUUAGAAUACCUCAAAGUAGAGCAAGUUUGUUUCAGAAUGGUGAAACAUGGAGGAGUUGGUGGGUGACUCAGCAGAAGGAUGCCUCAGCAGUCUUAAAUCAGCAGCUGUUUGAAAGAGUACUCAUAGUCCUGCAACCCUUUACAGUGUCCUUUUCUCCUCUUAAAGAACUGUGGCUAGAGGAGAGAUGGAUGAAAAGUCUUUAAGUCUCGCAAAACAUUCAAGGUAAUAAAAAGUUUUCAAACAACAAGAAGAUCUUAAAGUUGCAGCAGAUAGUUUGCUGACACUUUUAUGGGUAUAUAUGCUUCACUGCAACCAUACAUGGGCAUGCUGUGAGCUUGAGACCAAAAUCACUAAUGGUACAGGAUAGUUACAGUAUAGCUGCCGUGGAGCUCUGAAUGUAGCUCUACUGAAGCCAUACCGCCUUCAUGACACUGACUUUUCCAUUUCCUCGUCCUACUUUUCUCUCUGGCUGCAGCUCAGGAAAGGUUGUUAGUUACACAUGGAAAGUUCAUGACAAGCAAACGUGCCAAAAAUAAAUAAAUGGAAAGCUUGCGUUUAAAGCUGCAAAUAGCAUUUUAAUUAUAGCUGAAGAGCACAAAGGGCUGAGUUAAAGGAAUCAAAUCACAAUCAGAUAACAGGACAGUGUAGUCGUUGGUAUUGAUUAGUGCAGAUGUAGAAUUGCGUGGAAGAACUAUUUCAUACUGGAGUGAUUAUACACAGAUUGGCCCACAGCAUUAAAACAACCAGCACAUGAGGUAAAUAACACUGAUCAUCUUGUUACAGUGUUCGGUCCUGGGAUUCGUGCGGAGGUUACUUUGACACAUACCACCCAUCUGAAACAACUC